AUGUCAAUCCCACUCUGCUACAAGCCUUCUGGGCUCUUGCUACAUUCACCAAGAACCAGAGGCCCCUUACUCUGCAAUCACAGCAGCAGCUUCAGCAAACAAGAACAAACUCACAACAACUGGACCGGGUUGAAAUUUAUUCGGGGCAAGAAGCUGUUGAAGGAUCUCAGCACUUGGGGCAUUGGGGGCCCUUGUAAUUAUUUUAUCCAAGUCUUGGAUCAAACCCAACUUGUUUCUGCUAUCAGAUUCUGUCAUGAGCAUUCGAUUAGGUUCGUUAUCAUUGGCAAAGGCUCAAACUGUUUAUUUGAUGAUUUGGGUUUUGAUGGUUGUGUCAUACUCAACCGGAUUGAGUUUUUGGAGAAGGAGGAACCUGGUCUAUAUAGAGUUGGAAGUGGUUUCCGAUUUAACCGGUUAGGGGUACACUGCUCAAAUGAAGGAUUCACAGGGCUUGAGUUUGCUGGGGGAAUUCCUGGUACUGUAGGAGGAGCUACUUAUAUGAAUGCUGGAGCAAACGGGCAGGAGACUGCUGAUGCAAUACAUAGUGUUGACAUUAUAACAAUGGAUGGAAGGCUUCAUAGACUUAAUAGGACUGAUCUCAAUUUCGGGUACCGUUCAUCUCCAUUUCAAGAUAUGCAAGAAUUGGCAUCUAUAACUGCUGUUAAAUUUAAGCUGCAGCCCUCAGGAUCAGCAAAGAGAAGGCAGUAUGAAUACAUGGAAAGGAGAAGAAUUUCUCAACCAGUUGGGGAACAAAGUGCUGGCUCGGUCUUUCGAAAUCCGUUGGAUGUGGGAGUUGCUGCAGCUGAGUUGAUUGAGAAAGCUGGGCUGAAAGGCUUUAGAGUGGGAGGGGCAAUGGUAUCCAAAAUGCAUGCAAAUUUCUUCAUAAAUUGUGGUGGCUCAACCUCUCAAGACAUGCUCGACCUCCUUGCUUUAGUGAAGGAAAAGGUUGAUCAGAAAUUUGCAGUACAACUUAAGGAAGAAAUAUUAUAUGUCCACCCGCAUCGUAACGAUGUGAAAUCAAAACAAAGAUAA